UUUAUACAAGCAAUAUCGAGGGAGAAUCGAACUCAAAACGAAACCUCAGGUACAAGGGUGGGUUGAAUACUCCUUAGUCAACUGAGCUAUUUAUAACUUCAUAAAUUGACAAAGAAGAUGGGCCAAAAAGAAAUACUCAAGUUGUUGGACCCCAAUUGGCAAAUAUUUUUUACAAAAUAUACAAUGACCCUGAGGCCAAUAUGAGAAUAAGGUAAAAUAUGAAAUAUCCGUAUCACCAUCGUAAAGUACAAAAUAGUAAGGGUAUAAUUGACUCUUUAGGCUUGCGCUACGUGCGUGGUUGAAAAGGAAAGAGCAACCGCGCUGUUCGAGCAAGUGCAAAGCAAGCGCGCGAACCGGCGGAGGCCCUCGGCGUUCUUCAGCAGCUCCGCCGCCGUAAAAAUUGUGUAUUUGGUCGAUACUCUCGUAUCCGAGCAAUGGAUUAUUCGAGUUGCCCGUUCUGUGAUUUGACAGUUCUGUCCGCCGAACUUGAAAGGCACGCCAACGGUCACUUUGAGGAGGUUGAGGAUGAUGAGCUCGAUAAGCAACUGGCGAGGGAUUUGGAGUUUGCCCAACAGCUUUCUCUCGCUCCUACUGCACCUCCAUCAGCCAUGAAUUUAACAAUUGAUGGAGACAUUAGUAUGGAGGAAAAGGUUUCUUGCUUGAUUGCUUUACAGACUAGGACUACUUUCCACAAGAUUGAAGGUGGCUUAAUGGCAUUGCUCAGAGGCUGUUUGGAGUUAGAACAUGGAAAUACAACCACUAUUGUGUCCGGUUAUAUUGAUCAUUUUCAGAGCAUUCAAUCAGAGGACAAGGGGUGGGGUUGCGGGUGGCGUAACAUCCAAAUGCUUAGCUCCCACUUGCUUGUGCAAAGGCAAGAAGCUCGGGAGGUUUUGUUUGGUGGUUCAGGUUUUGUUCCUGAUAUCCCUUCACUUCAAAGGUGGCUUGAAAUUGCUUGGGAAAAGGGUUUUGAUACACUUGGUUCUAAUCAUUUUGCUAACAACAUUUAUGGAUCAAGAAAAUGGAUUGGAGCUACUGAAUGUGCUGCCCUUUUCCGUUCUUUUGGACUUCGAGCAAGGGUAGUGGAUUUUGGCCCCAAGGAACUUGAAACAUUUUAUCCUUCUCUUCCUGGUUCAAGUCUUGGGAAAGAGGUAAAGAGAAUACAGGAUGGCGGAAAGAGGAAAGCAAUCCAGGUUCGUGGCCCGAUGGAUAGGUAUUUGUUGGUAAGGAAUCACGAUACUACUCAAGCAAGUUCCAGUGGACUUGAAAAUUCGGGAGGUUCUAAUAUCCAGCUUGGUGACUCUAUGGGUGGCACAAGUGAUGAGAUUUCGAGAAAUAAGUUUACAAGGAAAAACAACGGUCGUCAGGUUCUCAUUGAUUGGAUCUGGAACUACUUUUCUGAUAAUAAUUUUACCAAAUCUGGAAAUCAUCAGGUCAUUGUCAGUGACAAAACACCCUUGUACUUCCAACAUGAUGGACAUUCGAGAACGAUUGUUGGGAUUCAAGUCAAGCGUCAACAUAAUGGGAUGCUUCAGCACAAUCUCUUAAUAUUAGACCCUGGCCAUAGAACGGAAGAUCUGGAAAGAUCGCUUGGAGAAAAGGUAGGAUGGCAGAAGUUUGUAAAAAGAGGGGUUCAUACGCUGAAAAAGCCACAGUACCAGUUGUGCUAUAUCGAUCCUGGAAUUGCAAGCGGGGAGGAAAAGGAGUUGCUUAAGACAGUGGAAAGCGUCUUUCUUGAAUUCUAGAGGAUCCUGUUGUACAUUUGAGACCCGGAUAGAAGCUUUUCCAGUCGUUUCUUGGCUCGAGGAACAGAUAGUUCGCUUAUAUACAACGAGAGAUGGAUGAGAUACAUUUGGGAUCAAUGCUGCGAGCUUCCGGAAUACAAUGGGAUCUUCGUAAAGUUGAUCGAUAUGAAUGUUGCUUUUUUUGUUGACUUCUGUACAAAUGGUGUUGACGAAUGAUAGAUUGUUUUUUAGGAAAUGCGUUACUCCUAAUAGCUUUUGUAUGUGUAAGAGUGCUAGAGAGGUCAGGGAUUCAGAUCUUCCGACUCUGCAGCUGCUAGGGAGCUGUGAUGUUUGGCCAGCUCGUAAUCUGGGGACAUAUUGGUUAUUUGGUGGCUGACACAAUCGGGCAGCAUGGAAAGAGUGCUGGAGGGGUUGGGGAUGCCUGGAAGAUUUGGUGGCAGACACAAUCAUGUGGCAUGUAAAUUGCUUUCCGGUGUAAUACAUACCUUCAAGGGAUAGGUUCUAAAAGACGAUAGGCACUAGUCUGGCACCCCAACAAUUUAAAUCGUUUUGGACAUUUUUGUUAAUUUUUCUUUUUAUUUCU